UGUCUUAUGCUACAGUGGAGUUUUUUUUUUAAAUCCUUUAGUGAAUUGGGAGGAAGCUGUACAGUUGCAGCACCUUCUUAUUGGUUUCCCCUUUGACAGCAGACACUUCCUUCUGUGAUCUGCAGAAACAGCUAGACUCUUUCAGCUGCACUUGUUCUCACCGCCACACAAUGUUUCCCAACACCACUCUGCCUCCUCCCGUCCCCAAGUCUCUCCCCAAGACAGACCAGGGGACGACUGUGGACAUCGACGCCAUCAUGGACAACGUCUCCAUCGUCCUCUACACGCUGACCGUGGUGCUCGGCAUCACAGGGAACUCCCUGGUGAUCUACGUGGCCGGAUUCAAGCUCAAGCCGAAGGUGACCAACGUGUGGCUGGUGAACCUGGCGAUAGCCGACCUGAUCUUCUGUUUCUCUCGAGUCUUCUCCCUCAUCAAGAAGCUCUCCUUCGACCACUGGCCCUUCGGCCUCUUCGUCUGCAAGUUCAACGGCUUCUUCAAGUACGCCAACAUGUUCUGCUCCGUCUUCCUGCUGGCGGUGAUCAGUCUGGACCGGGCGCUCUGCGUCUGGCAACCGGUUGCCAUGAAGCGGCGGCGCACGCUGUGGGCCGCCAGGGUCGUGGCCGUCUGCGUCUGGAGCGGCGCGGUCAUCUUGAGCUCGCCGUACUUCGUCUACCGCCAGGUCUACCUGGGGAAGAACAACCUGAGCAAGUGCUCUUUGGAAGUGAAGGAGGCGAAGGACGGCAACAGCAGCACCAAGCUGGCGCUCUACUCCAUCCGCUUCCUGUGCGGCUUCAUGUUGCCUUUUAUGGUCAUCCUCAUCUGUUACAUCAUGGCUGGAAUUGGGAUCCGGCGCACCCGCCUCUCAGGGAAGUCCCGCCCCCUGCGCAUAUUAGCCGGGUUAGUCGUGGCCUUCUUCCUCUGCUGGGGGCCGUACCACUGCCUCCUGCUGGUCAAGAUGGUGGACAGCAAGAACAUGGUGGUGAAGAUCUGGCACCCGGUGGCCAAGGGCGUCGCCUACUUCAACAGCUGCGUGAACCCGCUGCUGUACUUCUGCAUGGGGCUGGACGUGAGGGGGCGCUUCAGGCAGAGUCUGACCGGCGUGUACCGGAGAGCUCUGGCCGACGACGUGGACGGACAGACGACGCAGUCCAACGAACGAUCUUUGGACGAGAGCAGCGGGUCGAAACACAGCACGGCUGUAACGGCAGGAAGGAGUCAGACAAGAGUGGACGUACUGUAGCUGAAGGUUCUCCCCGAGUUUACUGAAUGCAAAAUGUUCAUGUUUUAACUAGGGCUGGGACUCGAUUAAAAAAAAUAAUCUAAUUAAUUAGAGCCUUUGUAAUUAAUUAAUUAAUCGCAAUUAAUCGCAUUUUAAUCGCAUUUUAAUCGCAUAUAAAUAUUUGACCUGAGAACAGUGAGAAGUAAUUUUUUUCACAUGGAUUUUAAGUAUACCAUUGAAUAAUGACUGAAUACAUAAGCUUAAGCAACAAAAAUAUUGUUUAUUAUUUUUGUUCAAGUCCAACAGACCAGUGCAUUUUUUGCCAUUAAGUGUAGCAAUAGCAUAUUUAGAAAUAUAGUACAUUUCAUAAAUUCAGGUAGCCUAUAGGUAAAAUAAACUAGAAUACUUUGGUUUUUGAAGUAAAACACAAUCCACGCUAGCUACCACACUGGCCGCUAGCUGCUAUAUGUUUAGCAUUGAGGUGAUACUUGAGGCUGGAUGUGCUGCGGUGAUAUGUGAAUUCCUUGUUGCAUAGCAACACAACCAUGCUCUUAUGGACGCUUCCAUCCGUUGGUUUUUAGUAACUAGAUGUCCCAUCAUCCACGGGGCCAACCAAAGGUCUCAUCAGCUUCUUCCUUCAUGUUCACUGUGGUUUGUUGUUGUCUGAACUCAUCAACGCUAGUUGGUGCUCCAGUAUAAUCGGUCCUCCUGAAACUCAUCCAGUGAGAAACGUUCCGCGGUGCAAAAAUAAGUGCAAUUAAAAUGCGAUUUAAUUUUUGUGUAAUUAAUUAAUCUUAAUUAACGCGUUAAAGUCCCGGCCCUAGUUUUAACUCAUUAAAGUCAGCGCCAUUCAGCCGGGGUCUGACAGCCAAACAUUUUGUUAAAAAUUGCACUUUUGGACCUUUUAGUCCUUAUACUAGAGAAACUGUUUGGGCAGAUAUUUAGGUCAGAUUAACAUUUUCCUGUAAAGUUGUGUUGUGAUGAGACAGAUGGAAAGUGGAACUGUGGUAAGUCUGGAGGAAUCGGAAAGAAGUCAAAGGGAAGUGAAACUAUUAAAAGGAAAGCCAGUAAUAACUUGAUGCUGUGUUGUGUUCAGGGGUCACGCUGAAGGGUAAGGGAAUUGAAACUGUAAAUGCAAUUUUAAAAUAAUACAUCCCUUGGUUUCUAUGUAUAUUUUCGCGUCUUACCAUCUGAGAAAAAAGGGUUUCGUGAGCUCAGUGCACAAGUGGGCAGAGCAAUUAUGACUUUUAUUGGACACAUGCAUAUGGAAAAUAAUAAUAAAAUCAGGGCUGGAAGCUGGUCGGGCAGCACAUCAGUCCUUAGCAACUGGCUCAUAAAAGCCAGCUGUGAUUGCUCUGUGGAUUACUUCCACGGCAGGAGAUAAACAUCAGACUGUUUAUCUUGAGCUCUUUAGGUUUUAUGGUAUUUCUCUUCUGCUGUUUGCUGCAGCAUCAUGUUCAAACUCACAGUGUUACACUUUGAUUUAAAUGUAACAGCAAUGAUAGAUAAUAAUGAGCUCAGUUAUGCUUUUAUUUCCUUUGUAAAUUCCUGUAACACAUAAUAAUAUUAAUUUGUAAAUAUGACUAUACGAUUGUAGAGAAACUGUUAUAUGGAAAUAAACAAUUAAACUG